AUGUAUGUAUGUAUGUAGCCAUGGUUAGAUCCUUGCCUCCGUUCUCAAGUCUGCACAGUAAUAUCCAUAUAUCUUUGAAGCUAUUCUUUUUUUGUUCUUCUCAUUUAUUUCAUCUUCUUGCAUAAGAAAUUUCCUUAUUCACUAUGCCAAAUUCUUCAUCAUCAUCUCAGAACAAACAUAUUGCAGCCAUUGCCUUCCCCUUUGGUAGCCACCAGCUUCCUUUCCUGAAUUUAGUAGUCAGGCUAGCACAGGCUUGUCCUAAUGUCACAUUUUCAUUCAUCAGCACUUCUAAAUCCAACCAAACUCUAUUUUCCAAGCCUGCAGACAUCCCUGGAAACAUCAAAUCUCACGAUGUUUCUGAUGGAAUCCCGGAGGGACAUGUCCUAGGAACACACCCAUUUGAGAGACUGAACCUGUUUCUUCAAGCCGGUCCUGAGAAUAUCCAAAAGGGUUUAGAUUUGGCUGUGAAAAGCACAAACCAGAAAGUCACUUGCAUUCUCUCUGACGCUUUUGUAACCCCUUCUUUUGUUGUGGCUCAGAACCUGAAUGUUCCUUGGAUUGCACUUUGGCUUCCACUUUCAACCUCGCUCUCUGUCCAUUUCUACACUGACUUGAUACGCCAACGCUACUGUUCAGAUAGAAACAAGACCAGAUCCUUGGAUUUCCUUCCUGGUCUGUCUCAGAUACGAUUUGAAGACAUCCCAGACGACGUCGUGCCACGUUCUGGUGAAGAAGAAGAGCCACUAUUUUCAAAAGCACUAGCUUCUAUGGGAGAAGUACUACCUCAAGCCAGAUCAGUAGUAAUUAGUUUCUGUGAAGAGCUUGACCUUCCUCUCUGUGUUCAGGACAUGAAGUCCAAAUUACAGUCUAUGCUUUACAUUGGUCCACUUACUUUGUCAACAUUUGACACAACCACAGACACAGACAAGGAUCCAAGUGGUUGCUUGCCAUGGUUGGACAAGCAAGGUUCUAGGUCGGUGGUUUAUAUCAGCUUUGGAACUGUGGUGUGUCCCCCCCAACAUGAGCUUCUAGAAGUUUCAGAAGCACUUGAAGCUAGUGGGUUUCCAUUUUUGUGGUCUCUAAAGGAUGAUCAAAAGAGGCUCUUGCCAAACGGGUUUGUUGAGAGGACAUGCAUGAGAGGGAAAAUAGUACCUUGGGCUCCUCAAACACAGGUUUUAGCACAUGGGUCUGUAGGAGUGUUUGUGACUCACAGUGGAAGUAACUCAGUGAUGGAGGGUUUGGCCAAUGGAGUUCCUAUGAUCUGUAGACCUUUCUUUGGAGAUCAUGGGAUGGCUGCAAGAUUGGUGGAGGAUAUAUGGAAGGUUGGGGUCAAAAUACAAGAUGGGGUUUUCACCAAAAAUGGAUUGCUUCAAAGCUUGAAUCUGAUUUUGGGAGAAGAAGGUAAGAAGAUCAGAGAAAAUGCCUUGAAGCUCAAAGAGACUAUGCAGAAAGCCGCUGGGGCAGGAGGGAAAUCUGAGCAGGAUUUCAAGACUUUGGUAGAAAUAAUUAGUAGAUCUUAAAGAGUUAAAGUUCAUUUCUAUCUUUGUUUUCGAUUGGUAGAAAUAUCAUGUUCUACUUCAAAAAAAAAAUGACAUUUAAAAUCCAAACUCUGAAUUAAUAAUAGUUAUAUGCUUGAUAAAAAAAAUUUUGAAAAA